CCGGGUCCUGCAUGCAGGGAAUCUGGACUUUUGUGUGAUCAUGUGCGUUCUUUGGACCUGCUGAGCAGCAGAAACACGGGCGUAGUCAAGGACGACAUGUCGAACAACAUCAAAACAAACAACAAGAGCCAGGACAAAAGUCAUGGCGACUUCUCAGAAAGGCUGCUGGGAUUUGACGAGCUGGAAGAAGGGUCAGCUGUUCCUAGGAAGAGCAGGAAAGAAAGUCGCACCAGCAAACGAGAGAAGCUUCAGUCGUGUGGAGACAUCAACCAGCUCUGUGCCCCCCCACCUCAGAGGAGGACCAGGUCUCUGGAUCGCAGGACGACAGACACCGUCAUGACGGAAAAAUGUGUCUUCACAUAUUUAUUAAACUUUAAAAAAGGCUGGAUGGCCAAACUGGAUGAAAAUGAGCAGCCAAAGAAAUAUUGGUUUGUUCUUUCGAUGAACAGUCUGAGAUUCUACAGGGACUCCUUAGCUGAGGAGUCCUCAGAUCUUGAAGGAGAAAUCAAGCUUACAAAGUGUUUUAAGGUGUCUGAAUUUCAUGUUCAGAGAAACUACGGCUUCCAGAUCCAUACUCCUGAUGGCGUCUUCACACUGUCGACCAUGACAGCAGGGAUGCGCAGGAGCUGGAUCCAGGCUCUGAUGAGGAACCUUCAUCCCGCUAACACACCUGACGUCACCAGUUUACCUGGACUCCAGGUCUCAUCUGAGCACCUCCUUAGACCGGACCUGACUCAUGACUCCUCAUCAGCAGAGAAAGAUGAGAUCAAACACGUCUGUGUGACGCAGAGACGGAGAGAAGGACGAUACAGAACCUUUGACUGGGUCGGGUUCAGGUCUCAGGACUCUAACCCUGAGACUAAAGCGUGUCAGGACACUCAGAGUAAACCGGGUCAGGAACCGGACCCUCAGAGGACGGAAGCUGGGAGCUCUGAGGAGAGGAGGAGGAGUAGGGAGGAGAGGAGAAGGAGAUACGAGAGCGUUCUGGGCUUCACUUUGAGUCCAGAGUCCCAGCAGAAGACGGAGGAGGAGGUAGAGGAGUGCUGGAGAAAGGUGGAGACGAGUUUCUUCAGAUCAGAGAACAGUGUUGCUGUUUUCUCAGAAAGCAGGGACUCUGAGGAGCAGCUGGAACAGUUCAGGACCAUGGUGGAGGAUCUAAAGGCUCAGCUGGAGGAGUCAGAGCGUCUCAGACUGAAGCUGGAGGAUGAACUCAGAGCAGGAACCAAUCGUCAGCUGGAACCUCCUCUGAGUUCAGACGCAGAAACACUGAGAGAAAGCAGCGAGAGAUCGCAGCAGCAGAACGUCAUCAGACAGGAACAUCCUCCUUUGACACCCAGGAUCCUGCUGCAUGACUCCGAGGGAAACCUGAGGGAGCUUCUUCAUACAGACCCCGCACCUUCCACAUCCUCUGCACCAUCAUCCUCACCUUCAUCACCCA